AUGUCUUUGUACCAUGAGGCGCUCGAUCCGCUCAGAGGGCGCUGUGCCGUGGCGGCUGUCGCGCUUCCAGCGGGCUCUUGUCUCCUCCACACUGUUGCCACAUGUGCCGUGUCGCUCCCUUCUGCUUGUAGCGCGUGUUUCGCGUCCCAAGUCCCCCUCUCGCGUUGCACAGGCUGUCGGGUCGCUCGCUACUGCUCUCGUCGGUGUCAACAACUGGACUGGCCUCAACACCGCGGCGAGUGUCCAGCCUGGCGCUCGAUUCCAGCCGCCCGUGCUUCAGCCACAGUUCUGCUCGUAACGCGCCUGUGUUUCAAGCUCUUUCAAAGCCCUGCGGUCCGUGACAAAGAAGAGCGCAAUGCAGUGCUGAAGCUAUGCCAUCACCUGGACGACCAUUCAGCAACGAAACGUCGAGUGUUUGACGACAUGACGCAGUUGGUGCUGCUGCUCUUGGCACGAUACAGAGCGACUGCAACGCAGCAGAGUCCAAGUUUCGAGACGCUUGAGAGCGAUCUCAAGACGGAGAUCCCGCAACUGUUUGGCCGCGUCAAUUGCAACGCCUUCUCGAUCGCAAACGGCGUGACAAAUGAAGUGCUGGGCAUUGGACUGUUCCCGAAAGGCGCGUUGUUGAAUCACGACUGCGACCCGAACAGUAUCGUGAGCUUCAAGGGACACGAGAUGGUCGUGCACGUGGUGAAAGACGUUGCAGUGGGCCAAGAGCUGACAGUCUCGUAUGUGGAGCUGCUGCAGUCAACGCAGGCGAGACGACGCGAGCUGAAGGAGUCGUACUUCUUCGACUGUCAGUGUGCACGGUGUCAAGCUGCACUCGCGGAGGAAAAAGAAGGGGAGGCAAAGGACGACUGGUACUUGGAUGGACUCGUGUGCAACCGCAGGAAUGGCGAGACAUGCGGAGGUGUUGUCGUGCUGGAAAAGGCAAUGGAUCGUAUCGAUGGCACUGCGGUCUGUAGAGUGUGCGGUACUGCGCGAGAUCAACAAGAGAUCGAUCGAUGGGAGAAGCGUCUAAAGGGCUUUGAUGAAGCGCUCACUGUUGACUCAAAGCAGGAGGCCAAGUGGGAGGUGUACCAGCAAAAGUGGGAAAUACUGACGCAGCAGCUCCAGCUGCAUCCACGAAAUGCUCGCGUGGCUGCAAUGGCUCGCGAAAUCGGCAACUUUCUGGUUGAAACGACGUCUUCUGACUUACAGCGUCUGGCAUUGUCCUUCUUUCUAGCAGAGCUCCGUGCAGUCGAGUGGUUGCUGCCGGAGACGAAACUUCCGUCACGAGGCCUCCUGCACUAUCACAUUGGUAAACUGAUGUUUGAGGAGGUCAAGUCGUCGCUUUGUGCGCCGUCGCGUGUGGAUGCAGCUGAGCGACUUGAAAGCGUUGCAAAGCACCUGCACGAGGCCCUAUCUACGUAA